GUGGGCACCCGAGUCACCAGGCACGACAGUGGGCUCUGAGUCAAUUGGCACGACAGCGGGCACCGGGUCAUCAGGUACCGGAUCGUCUGGCUCGACAGUAGGCACCGGGUCAUCUGGCGCUGGAUCGUCUGGCUCGACAGCGGGCAUCGAGUCACCAGGCAUGACAGCGGGCACUGGGUCAUCAGGCAUUGGAUCGUCUGGCUCGACAGCGGGCAUCGGGUCAACAGGUAUGACAGCGGGCACUGGGUCACCAGGCAUCAGGUCAUUUGGCUCGCCAGCGGGCACCGCGUCAUCUGGCAAGGCAGUGGGCACCGAGUCACCAGGCACGACAGUGGGCUCCGAGUCACCAGGCAUGACCGCGGGCACUGGGUCAGACAUUGGAUCGUCUGGCUCGACAAUGGGCAUCGGGUCACCAGGCAUCAGGUCAUUCGGCUCGACAGUGGGCACUGGGUCAUCAGGCGUGAUAGGAUCAUCAGGCUGGAUCAGUUCAUCAGGCUGGGUACAGACAUCAGGCUGGGUAGAGACAUCAGGCUGAAGUGCGGGUGCCGAGGCACCAGGCUGAACCACGGAAGGCAGGUUCUCAGACGGCAGGCUCACCGGUUUGGAUACUGGCAGGCGGAGCACUGCAAGUAAACGCAGGUCUGCAAACGAAUGGAGCAG